AUGGGUUGCUGUGCCAAUUGCACGCUAUUUAUUAUUUCUUUCAUAGCAACAGGUUUCAUUGUAGCCACUAGUGCCUUGUGCCUUUAUGUAAUUAACAAGAAUGACUUAAGUUCAAUUGCUCCAACAAAAACGUUCCUUAUUUCAUCAAUUGUAGUGUUUGGUGUUUCAGUUUUCAUUCUUGCUUUCUCAAUCUAUGCCUCAAUUUCAAAGAGAAGAUGCCCAGCCUUCUUCUUAGGACUUUUCUUGCUCUUUUAUGCUCUUUUCAUCAUUGGUAUGAUUGUUAUUUAUGUUGUAUUUUAUUCAAAACUGUUUGAUGAAUUAGGUAACCAAUGGAACAAGCACAGAGGAGAUGGAACACCAAUUGGAAACGCCAUCGACAACUACGAGAAAGAUCAUCACUGUUCAUACUGGAAUGAAUCAUCAGGCUCUUGCAAGCCUUUGGUCCAAAAGCUCAUGAAAAAGGUUUCAAUUUAUUAUUACUCAAUUUUGGGAUCUGUCGCAUUAUUCUUACUUAUCGCCGUAAUCAUUGCAUUCUGGAAGACUUGCCACAAAGAAGAAACUACAAGUGAUAAACAAAACCCACUUUUGGAACAACCUUUGUCAUAUGGCUGGUAA